GGCUGCCCUCAACAUUUCUUAUUAAAUUCAUGGUUUCUCCCUCACUCACCUUAGCAUUCUCAGCUCAGGUUUCCUUCUUUCUAUUGCUCUUAUUAGGCCCUUUUGGGGCAUUCUUGGAGCUGGUGGUAGGGAAGGGAAAUGUGGGGUGACAUGAGGGUUCUUGCCAUUCUUCUCAUCAUUGCUUCUUUUGUAGGGAUUAGUGCCAAGGAACUGGAACAGGGUCAGAAAACAGAGAGGAUUGCAGGGAGUGCCGGUGAUGUACUGGAAGAUGAUCCCGUUGGAAGGCUAAAGGUUUAUGUCUAUGAACUGCCUAGCAAAUACAACAAGAAGAUUCUACAAAAGGAUUCAAGAUGCCUCACUCACAUGUUCGCGGCAGAGAUCUUCAUGCAUCGCUUCUUGUUAUCUAGUCCUGUCCGAACUCUUAAUCCCAAUGAAGCAGACUGGUUUUACACACCUGUUUAUGCAACUUGUGAAUUAACACCAAAUGGUCUUCCUUUGCCUUUCAAAUCACCAAGAAUGAUGAGAAGUGCCAUUCAACUAAUUUCCUCGAAUUGGCCUUACUGGAAUAGAACAGAAGGAGCCGACCACUUUUUCGUUGUUCCUCAUGACUUUGGUGCUUGCUUUCACUAUCAAGAAGAGAAAGCUGUCAAAAGGGGAAUUCUUCCCUUGCUUAAGCGGGCGACACUGGUUCAAACUUUUGGACAACGGAAUCAUGUAUGUUUGAAAGAAGGCUCCAUUACCAUUCCUCCAUAUGCACCUCCACAAAAAAUGCAAGCUCAUCUAAUUCCUCCUGACACCCCUCGAUCGAUAUUUGUCUACUUCCGUGGCUUGUUUUAUGAUGUAGGGAAUGAUCCUGAAGGUGGAUACUACGCAAGAGGUGCCCGAGCAUCAGUGUGGGAGAACUUCAAGAACAAUCCUUUGUUCGAUAUCUCCACUGAUCAUCCGACAACUUACUAUGAAGACAUGCAACGAGCUGUUUUCUGUUUGUGUCCCUUGGGAUGGGCUCCAUGGAGUCCUAGAUUGGUUGAAGGGGUAAUCUUUGGUUGCAUUCCAGUGAUCAUAGCAGAUGACAUUGUGCUACCAUUUGCCGACGCCAUUCCGUGGGAGGAAAUCGGCGUGUUUGUAGCUGAAAAAGAUGUUUUUAAGUUAGACACUAUCCUCACAUCUAUCUCCCCGGAGGUCAUACUAAGGAAACAAAGAUUGCUCGCAAAUCCUUCAAUGAAACAAGCCAUGCUCUUUCCUCAACCGGCACAACCCGGUGAUGCUUUCCAUCAAAUACUAAACGGUCUCGCCCGUAAACUUCCUCACGACGAGAGCAUUUAUCUGAAACCCGAUGAAAAGAUACUAAACUGGACUGCUGGUCCUGCUAGUGAUCGAAAACCUUGGUAAUAAACUUAAAACACAAACUCAAUUGUGAAUUUCAUUGUAAAGUUUUUGUGCAUUGUUUCAGUGAGUGUUUUCAUUUCUGUAUCUUAUUUUUGUAGCAUUAGAUUCACAAUGAUAUAUAUGUAUCUAUCCAUGUUGUUAUAAUUAAAGUUUUUUCGAACUCUGUUUAUGCAACACCGUAAAAAAAUAAAUAAAUAAAUAAAUCAAAUGUAGAUCUCUAUUUUGGCA